AUGGCCUCUCAACUGCUGCCGCUGGAGCUUAUCGACAAGUGUGUCGGCUCUCGGAUCUGGGUUGUCAUGAAGGGUGACAAGGAGUUCUCGGGUACCCUGCUCGGAUUUGAUGACUACGUCAACAUGGUCAUGGAGGACGUUACUGAGUUCGACUACACUGGUGCCCAAACUAAGCUUCCGAAGCUUUUGCUCAACGGAAACAACAUCUGCAUGUUGAUUCCCGGUGGAGAAGGCCCAAUCUCUAGCUAG